AUGGCACUAGUAUCUUUCGACCUCUUACAUAUUCACUUUUACGGCCUUGUAGCUGGGGCUGUGUUCAUUAUUUGGUCGUUAGCGAAGAGUGUACAAGCCUUUCAAAGAUGGAGCUACGCUCGUGAGAACGGCUGCCUACCCCCUGCCCACUCAGUGUGCCACGGCUUAUUCGGCCUUGGUAUGGGCAUGGAAAUAGCCAAAGCUGGCCCCGAGCAUAGGUUUCUUGAACUUAUUCGCGGCUGGCAUCGCAGCUAUGGCCCGACAUUCAAGGCGAGAAUCGCCAAUCGAAGGCUCAUUUUUACCACCAAUCCACAGAACAUUCAAACAAUCCUCGCGCUAAAAUUCAACGACUUCUCAGUGGGUUCGACUCGUCUAAGUGCAGUCCGUCCACUCUUGGGCAAUGGCAUUUUCGGCGUAGAAGGUGGCGCGUGGGAACAUUCGCGGGCUCUCCUCCGGCCUAAUUUCUCGCGCACUCAGAUUAACGACACUGAGUUAUAUGAGAGCCACAUUGUUGACCUCAUUGGGCAAAUUCCGCGGGACGGAUCAACCAUCGAUUUGCUCCCGCUGUUUCUCAAGGGCACUCUUGACACCGCUACCGAGUUUUUGUUCGGAGAAUCUGCUCACACGCUGCGCAAAGAAGGGUCCUCUGCGGGUAUAGCAUUUUCAAAGGCCUUCGAUGUAGCUCAAGACGUGACUACCUUGCGCUUCCGCCUUGGGCCUUUGGCGAUGUUCUACCGCAGGAAAGAAUUCAUCAAAGCAGUGAGAGAUGUCCGGGCAUAUGUCGAUAGGUUUGUACAGAAGACGAUCGAUUAUCGUGUUGCAGUUGACAGUGGGCGCAAGGUUGAUGAAGAUAUCAAGCGGUUGACUGACAGUCGAUAUGUGUUCUCCUACGAGCUGUCGAAGCAGACACUUGACAAGACCAACAUAACAGACCAGCUAUUGAGUAUUAUGUUUGCUGGUCGUGAUACGACUGCCAAUUUCCUAAGUAUUGUGUUCUUCGUUUUGGCUAGACAGCCUGAUGUAUGGGACAGACUUCGAAAAGAAGUCAUUGCUUUAGACGGACAAAAGCCUUCAUUCGAAGUUCUCAAAUCAAUGACUUAUCUGACCUGGGUCCUUAACGAGACUCUACGUCUGUACCCAAUCGCCCCUUUCAACAUGCGCGAGGCCAAACAAGACACUUAUCUUCCCCUCGGGGGUGGCCCGGAUGGAAAGUCUCCCGUUCACGUACCCAAGGGUCACGAGGUUAUCUUCAGUAUAUACACAAUGCACCGCGAAAAUGAAAUCUAUGGGCCCGAUGCGGAUGAAUUCCGGCCUGAGAGAUGGGAAACGCUCAGACCCGGCUGGGCGUACAUUCCUUUCAAUGGAGGCCCUCGGACAUGCAUAGGCCAGCAGUUUGCAUUGACGGAGGCAGGAUACACUAUUGUUCGGAUAAUGCAAGAGUUUGAGUCAAUCGAAACUCGAGAUCCAAAACCCUGGACUGAGAGUUUUGGAUUGACGUUGUGGAACGCUAAUGGAACGAAAGUUGCUUUUAAGCCUGUUCAGAAUUGA